GAAAGGCAGCUGUGUUGAAGACAAUGACUCAUAUGUUUUUGCUGUACUUCUUAGUGUUUCUUAUGCCCACAGAGUCCUGCAGGACACUAUGCCAGGCUGCCAGAAAAAGCAAGGAGAAGGUGUCUGCCAGGCCACAAAGUACAUGCGAUGGUAUCUGUGUGGACAAUUCCCAAUGCAGUCAACCUUGCCCUCCAGACACGUCAGGAAACAUGGGGUUUUUAUGUAGACAAAAGAAAUGGCACAAGAUCACUGAUACCUGCCAUACUCUUACUUCCUUAAACAUCUUUGAGGAGCAUUUCAAUACAAUCUCAUCAUCUGAAAGAAAUAUAACACUUGAGUAUGCCAGACCAUCUGAGACCAUUGCAGAUUUGUUGAUGCAGAAGUGUCCAAAGGAUCUGUCCUGUGUCAUCACAAACAUCCAGCAUUCUCCCCGGAUACCAGGGAACAUUGCUGUCAUUGUGCAGCUCCUACACAACAUUUCAACUAUGCUGUCGACAGAUGUGGAUGAAGUGAAGAUGGAAAGUUACAGCAUCAUGGCCAACCACAUCCUUGACAGCAGAAGCAUCCCAAACUGGACCUUCAUUCCUGAAAAAAACAGCAGCUGUGUGCUGCUACACUCAGUCAAUACCUUUGCAAGAAAGCUACUUACGAAUAAACAUUCCAUUGACAUAGCGGAUGUCUUUAUUCACACUAUGUGCACCACCAUAUCUGGAGACAGCGAUGGACAAAACUUAACUUUCUCAAUGAAGGUUAAUGACACCAGCAAUAGAGUAACCGGGAGGGUUUUGAUCAGCAGAGAUGAAGCUCAGAAGGUGCAGUCUCCUUCCCAGGUCGUCAGCAUUGCAUUUCCAACUCUUGGGGCCAUCUUAGAAGCCAGUCUUUUGGAAAAGGUCACUGUGAAUGGACUUGUCCUGUCUGUCAUUUUGCCCAAGGAACUUACAAGAAUCUCACUGAUUUUUGAAAAGAUCAAGAAUUCGGAAGAGAGGAGGACACAGUGUGUUGGCUGGCACUCGUUAGAGAGCAGAUGGGACCAGCACGCCUGUCAAAUGAUUCAAGAAAACUCCCAGCAAGCUGUUUGCAAAUGUAGGCCAAGCAAGUUGUUUACCUCAUUCUCCAUUCUGAUGUCUCCGCACACCUUGAAGAAUCCCAUCCUGAUUUACAUCACGUACAUAGGCCUGGGCAUUUCUAUUUGCAGCUUGAUCCUUUGCUUGUCCAUUGAGGCCUUGGUCUGGAGCCAAGUGACAAAGACAGAGAUCUCCUAUUUACGCCACUUGUGUAUCGCUAACGUGGCGGCCGCCUUGCUGAUGGCUGAUGUAUGGUUCAUCGUGGCUUCCUUUCUCAGUGGCCCAACGACACACCACAAUGCAUGUGUGGCAGCAACAUUUUUUGUUCAUUUCUUUUACCUUUCUGUGUUUUUCUGGAUGCUUGCUAAAGCACUUCUUAUUCUCUAUGGAAUCCUGAUUGUUUUCCAUACACUGCCCAAGUCAGUCCUGGUGGCUUCUCUCUUUUCAGUGGGCUAUGGGUGCCCUUUGGUCAUUGCUGUUAUCACAGUUGCUGUCACUGAGCCUGGCAAAGGCUACCUACGGCCUGAGGCCUGCUGGCUCAACUGGGACACGACCAAGGCCCUCCUGGCCUUUGUGGUCCCAGCCCUGGCCAUUGUGGUAAUAAACCUGAUCACAGUGACACUGGUAAUUGUCAAGACCCAACGAGCGACCAUUGGCAGUUCCAUGUUCCAGGAGGUGAGAGCCAUUGUGAGAAUCAGUAAGAAUAUCGCCAUCCUCACUCCACUCCUGGGCCUGACCUGGGGAUUCGGGAUAGCUGUGGUCAUCAAAGAUCGCUCCCUCGUCUUCCACAUUCUCUUCUCCUUGCUUAAUGCUUUCCAGGGCUUCUUCAUCUUGGUGUUUGGAACAAUCCUGGAUCCAAAGAUAAGAGAAGCCUUAAAGAAUCGAGUAACCUCUACAAAGUGGAUCUCCAGAAUAUCAGAGAACCUUUCUUCUGAUUUCUCUUGCCACCCCACCAAAGGGCCAAGCUAACAAACC